UUGAAACCGGAAGUGUUGAACGAACAUCCGUUCCUACCAAGAUGGAUGCACGUGGAUGACGGAUUAUCGACAAUAACUAUUCUAACAGCAGCUUUCUGUUUAGGGCUAAAUUGAAGAUGAAGGGCAGAAAGAAUCAGAAGCAUGAACUGGUGGACUCAAAGAAGAAGAAUGUGGCAAGCAGCACCGAUGAUGACGACUCUGAUGUGGAGAAGAACUUUGCUCUACUAACCCAGAGAGGAGGAGAAAGUGGAGGAUCUGAGGAGUGGCACCAUGGAGGAGCAGAAGAAGAUGAAGCUGAGGAGGAAUUAGAAAGCGAGGAGGAGGAGGAUUCUGACGAUAGUUUAGAAAAAGAGGAAAACGAAGGGGAAUCUGAAAUUGGGGAAGAGGAGGAAUCUGAUGAUGGCGAGGAAGAAGAGGAGAAUGAAAUCAGUGAAGCCUCUGAUGAAGAAGAUGAUAAUGAAGAAGGUGGGAGCAGCAAGAUCCAGACUAAAGAUGACAUCAGGAAAGAACUGUCCAACAUGUCAUUUGAGGACAUCAUGAAGCUACAGAACAAGGUGGGAACCAAGGUUUACAAUGAGGUGGCCUACGGCAGCAAAAAGAGUCCAGAAACCAGCAAGAAGAAACGGCUGAACAAGAACCGACCGAUGGAGAUCUCAGCCAAGAGGCCAGCACCCUUCCUACGUCAGGUCGUCCCCGUCAAGAAACCAACGCUGAGAGAUCCUCGAUUUGAUGACCUGUCUGGGGAAUAUAAACCUGAAAUUUUUGAGAAGACUUACAAAUUCAUUAAUGAUAUUAAACAAAGAGAGAAAGAGAUCAUCCACAAACGACUGAAGAAGACGAAGAAGAACAACCAGAAUAAGGAGAAGCUUCAGUUCCUGCUGAGGCGAUUGGAGAACCAGGAGCGAGCCAGACAGCACCGAGAGCAGCAGAGAGAGAGAGAGCUGCAGUUCAAAAGGCAGCAAAGAGAGCGAGCCGGUCAGGGUGGACGACCCUUCUUCCUCAAGAAAUCUGAGAAGAGGAAGCUGCAGCUGGUGGAAAAAUUCCAGGAGCUGAAGAAGAGUGGUAAACUGGAGAACUUCCUGAGCAAGAAAAGGAAGAGGAACGCUGUGAAGGACCGCAGGAAGCUGCCCAGACAGCUGCAGAAGAAGGAGGCCGCCUGAAGGUCUCAGUUCCUGAAAACACCCGAAGAAGAACCAGCUGAGAAGCGAGGAGACCUUUGUCCUUCUGCCAUCCUGUAAUGAAGCGACUCACCCUGCUGAUGGCGCUGUUGGGCUUCAUCUCGCUGUCAGGGUUAAUUCAUCUACUGUUGCUAACAGAUAAAUCUUUUUGGUUCAGGAAUAUUUAAGUCUGAGAUGCUCCAACAUGUCCAGGUAUGUCGUCAUGAUUCAGCUGUCGCUGUGCAAAGCAAAAGAAUCUCAUGAUGACAUUUUUUACUUUCACCUGAAGAUUACACCAGAUUUGUUUGUGUCUGUGAAAAA